GACCUUGAUCGCGUCACACUCUGCCAGUAUACAUGCGAAUUUAUUUCACUUUUUUGUCAUGAAGAAGAGUUAAAGUAUGACUUCGAAUAUUCAGAGCAAUUCUGUUUACACUCAGUUGGACGCAAACUCACUCGAGAAUACUAAGUCAAGAAAACAGAAUAUUUUCUUUUUAAUUUUAAGUUUCAUUUUAGGAGCGGAAACCCUGAUUGCAGCGUCUUUGCUUUAUGAUUUUACCGUGAGAGUCAAUAGGAUUCAAAAAGACCUAGAAUAUGGGCAAUAUCCACUAGAAUGUCUUUACCAGUUUAUGGAUCCUGACUACGAGCCGUCCCUUGCAACUGACAUAACAAGCUGUGACUUGUUCAUUCAAGAUUUGAACUAUGGCGUUCAUAAGAGACUUUUAUGGGACAUCCAGGAUUCUGUACAGGAAACUUUAGGAGAUUACAACAUGAGUCGCUUUACACCUGCUAUACACGUUGGUGCUCAGCACGAGAUUCAGCAAUAUCAGCAGUUGCUGAAAUCAGGUGAUUCUGACGGCAAAGAUACAACAGGGCACCGCCUUCGGUGGGACGUCAUGAACGGCCAGGUUUCUCAACAGGGUUUCAUGCGCCUUAGCCCAGAUGGGGAGAUAGUUAUUCCACAGGACGGACUUUACUUCGUUUACUCUCAAGUGUACUUCGCACUGUCACCCUCAACAGUCAUCAGAUAUCAGCCUUUUAUGCAAUAUUUAUACAGACUGACGGAGUCGUAUCCGAAACCGACAAUACUCGCUAAAGCUGCAAUCACUCCGUGUUUGGAGACAAAGUCCGACUUUCAAGCGUUUUCAAGCCACCAUGGGGCGCUGUAUCAGCUUCAGAGGGGCGACAAGCUCUCUCUAAGUGUGUUUGCUCUCAAAGCUGUGCGCUUUAAACAGGACGCAACUUUCUUUGGAGCGUUUAUGAUCAGCUAAUGUAAAAAACAUUUUCAUGUCAGUGAGUAACAUUGUGUUGUCAACCAAAAGUCACUCUUAGACUUUCAGAGAAGUCAGUUUAGCUUUUUUGUCGAUGGCUGUUGAUAACAUGAGUGGUGUGGACGUAUUAGUACUCGUUUACGUAUUAUUACCGCUACAAGUAUGACAAUAAUUUUUCCAUCACGGAUUAGCACUGCCUCAGAAUUUUGGGAUUUUGACCCAAGUAUUACUUUCAAUUAUAGGUAUUUAACAAACACCUUUAGAAUCUUCGUUGUUACCGUAAACCUGAACCGGUAGGCUAGAGUAAACCGGUGAUGUAAUUCCGAAUCAGAAAGCUCCUCCUGAAUAUCUGGGAUGUCUCCUUAUUUGACUUUGAACUAGACAGACAGAUCGGUAUGAUCAGUAGGAGGCAAAGCACUUGUAACAGAUGAGAACUGUAAUUAUGAAUACACUGAGCUACUCCGAAAAGUUCUUUUGUUUUUGUUUUUUUAAUGACUGGUGGAACUGUCUGAGACUUUUUGAAAUGCAUUUUUGAGUGUAAAUAAAGUAAUUAAAGAGAAUA